AUGCUACCUUGUGUUUUUCUCUUCUCAACAUACUUUCAGCGGACGAGGAACGUGAAGGAACUUCUUAAUCCAGAUUAAACAAUGGCUACUUAGAAACCAGUGACUGGACAUAGGAUGGGAAAAGAAUAUUACCACUAAACCGUUUUCUAUGUUUGAUAUUGGAUAUAUGAGUUACAAGAGCUCAAAACCUAAAAGAAAUCUUGGAUUUUUUCUUUGUUGACAUUCUCUAUGGACAAGUCUUUUAAUCUGAAGUCCGUUUAAUUCUCUGUGUCAGAAAACUGAGAACAAAAGCACAGCAGACAAACCACGGUAGACCACAAGCCACCGAGAGACCAUCCAUUCUACACACCACAAGUUCCUACUUCUGUCAUCAGAACGGAUUUCUUAAUUUUUUUUUUUUACAAUUAAGAUACACAGGUGUCACCUCAAGUUUACAUUCAAGUAGAGCAAGACAGAGGGAAGCCAGACUCCCCCGCUCUCUAUGAUGAGAAUGGAGCAUUUGUGUCUUAUCGCGCUCGGUAUCUGGGUCAGCAUUGUUCUGGGACAUGUCUCCCCUGAAGGGAAAAAUCAGUUUGUCCAAUCUCCCCCAAGACUCUGUGUAAAACCUGGAGAAACUGCUACCUUCACUUGCAACAUUUCAGUGCUCAGCUACAAUCCAGGGGACUUUAACUGGUACAAAAUAGAGAAUGAACCUGUGAAAAUUGCAGAUAUACAGAAUACAACUAAGAAUCAAAGACUGCAUGUCGUUAUUAACUGGAAGCUGCGAGAAGCUAAACUGCAUAUACUCAAUGUUACAUUAAAUGAUAGUGGAAAAUAUUCUUGUGGUCUUGUAAACGUAUCGGCAAAAGAGCAGAUCAUUGGCAGUACAGAGUCAGAGCUGUUUGUGGAUAGUUCCCCAAGUGCGGUGACUGAUAAAACCAAUCAUGAAGGUUUACCAGAAGGUAACCCAGAUUCACAAAAAACUGCCAUUAUAGCUACCUCUGUCAUUUUGGCACUUCUCCUGCUCCUAGCAGUCGGCUCUGCCAUCAUUUUUAUUUGGAACAAGCAAGGAAACAAUGUUCCUCAGCAACAGGACCUGGAAAAACCUCCUCAGGAUCCUUCAGUUUAUACUGUAAACUAUGGGACUUUAGAAUUUGGAGCUAGUCACCCCUACAGGAAAUCUACAGAACUGAGCAUAUCAGAACAUGUGGAAUAUGCAACCAUCAUGUUCCCACAACAGACCCCAUCCAUGGGAGAGAAGAGGGGGCGAUCAGCAUGAAUUGACAAAACUGGACUGAUAGAAAUCUAAUUUUGAAUGUAUAUUAAGGAACAUUGGCUGCUCUGGUUCUAUUGUUGCCAUGAAAAAAAUUCUCUGCAACUUGACUGGAAAAAUUGCUACUUUUGCAGACCGUUGAGUAAUAAUUUUAGACUAUUGUGCAUUUACCAAUUCUGCAACCUCAAAACCAGGAAUAUGUUUAAAAAAAUACUGUUGGCAUGAAAUCAUGACAGAUUAUGUACUGAGCGGAUGUAAAUAAUAGCAUUUAUUUUGUAUUUGAAAGGUGCAUGUGUACAUUUGGGAGAAAAUGGGAAGAUUGAGUUAACAUUUCCUUAUCAUCCAGUUCUUCAAAUACUUAAACUUCCAUCAUUUUUCUUCACAUAUUAACAACCUACUGUAUAUGUGAAUAUUCUAUGUAAUAUUUUUUUGACAUCCAGUAUUUUAUUACAUUUUUUCACUGGACCCUUUGGAAUUCUGCCUCAUUUUGUGGAUUUAUUUAAAACUCAUGUCUAACAUUCAUUUGUCCUAGAGGAUAGCGUUCACCCACCAUAGAGCAGAGAUGCUUUCCUCUUAUUGUGCUUUUUUUUUUUUUUUUUUUACACAAAAGAAAAAAAUUUUGGAUGGUUUAUUUGGAUAGAAUUUUGAAGUCACAGUCUUUAACUUUUUCUCUUUCUGGACUUUCAGCGCACCACUUAGGCUGGGUUCACACUGUGUUGUGAACUCCGGCACUGGAUCCGGUGUACAUCUUGGCUUUCAGCCAGACAAAAAAAUGCUACACAGCCAAAAGCUGGUAUAUAUGCCAGAAAGCCACCGGAUCACAUUACAGUGAAUAGGAUCCAGCGGUACACUGUGGUAUCCGACUAUGCCGGAUAUGAUGAACUCCAGCAGUCCGUUCCUCCGCCGGAGUUCACAGAGCAGAUGUAAACCCAACCUUAACACUUUUUUGUCAGACCAUCAGUCAGACCAGAGAGGAUGACUCUUCGAGAGCAGAACCACACCUCCCCUAUUCUAUCCUAGUGUGGCUUGUCACGACUUCUCAAGUUACUAACUAAUGCACUGCUCCUAUGUUGGUGCAUUUAUGUAGGCCUGUGAAAAGAACAAUAUAGCUGUCAUUCUGUCAACCAUUCCUGUCCCUCACAUACUAUUCUAGUGAGACUGCCUGCAGACAAACGGAAAUGACUUUGCUCUUUGUUCUCCUAUCUUUUUCAGAGUACUGCUUCAGAAGGACAAUAUUUAGUAUUUUUUAAUGGCUAAGGCUACUUUCACACUGGCGUU